AUGGGGAGUCGUAAUAAGAAAUAUAAAGCUGAGAGACCCCCCACAACAGCCGACAUUGGUGAGCUCCUGAGCAGGCCGCAAUCCACCGGGAGGCCUGAAAUGGCGCCAACGUCAGAUGGACUCUCAUCCGGCGACGAGAUCUCAGCUGACGGGGACGACUACGACACUAGGGUACCUACUAGACCCGUGCCCCCAAUAUCCGCACCAGCUGCAAAGCCUCCUGUCACAGAGGACACGUUGCAGAGCCUCUUAGACAAGCUACGCCUGAACAUUGCGGUUCCGGGAAGAAAUUAA